GGCCCUGGAAGCUCAAACUGAGCAUGUCUUGGAGGGCCGGGGAGAAGGUAUUUGCUUUAGGAAUUAAAGCUGGAGUCACCCAUGUCCCUGAGAGUUGAAAAAGAAAGAACAAUAGACCUGGGAAGCAGUCAUCAGUUCCGUCUCCGGACAAGGGGGCAGCUAUUUAAGGGGAGCUGGAGUUCAGACUUAACAAGACCAGCACUUGGAGCCAUUAUCACCAGCGUUCUCUGAGAGGUUCCUUUCUCCAGGGUUGCUGAGUAUGAGCAGGAGAGCAGGGGGCCAGGGCAGAAGCUGGGACCACCUGGGAGAAGAGUCUAGGCCAAUCCAUCUGCAUUUCUCACGCAGGGGACUGUCCACAUGAAGACCCUUCUGUGGUUGGCCUUGAUCAUGGCCUUUGGCCUGCUGCAGACCCACGGGAGUUUGCUGGGUUCCCUGGAAAUGAUUGAGUUCAAGACAGGAAAGGAUGCUUUCUUCGGUUAUGUCUUCUAUGGUUGCUACUGUUGGUCAGGUGGACAAGGAACCCCCAAGGAUGCAACAGAUCGGUGCUGCGCCGAACAUGACUGUUGCUACGAACGUCUGCAGAAGGAGAAAUCUUGCAGCAAGUUUCUGACCUACUACUUUACUUAUGAAAAUGGCCAAAUCAUCUGUGGGGAGCAGGAUUACUGUCGCAGGCAGCUGUGUGAAUGUAAUAAAGCAGCUGCCGACUGUUUUGCGAGAAACCUGAACACCUACAAUACACAGUACCAAUUCCACUACAACAAGCAAUGCGACGGGAGAGACUACCAGUGCCUCCCGCCCCUGGAAGUCUAGCCUCCCACGCUGAGCUUCCCUCUCUGGCUCCCACCCCUCCCCGCAAAGAAGGAAACACCCCUCUCACAUCCCAGAGACAAGCCAGGAGCCCCUUGACCCCCAGAGAGAAGCCUUCCUUCCAGAAUGAGAAGCCCCCAGGCAUGUGUCCUGGCGCCUUUCCCCUCUUCCUUGGGAGGCAGGAGAUGUCCUGUCCCAACUGCUCUCCAAGUCCCGCUUCCUGCUUAGCCCUGGCGGCUACAUUCCCAGGGUCUCCUCCAAAUAAAGCAAUUAGUUCAUUGGCAAA